AUGAAGCAACCAUUCAAACACUAAUGAAGGAGUUGGAGGAGGUCAACACCAAAGUGAUCAAAACAAAGUUGUCGUCAGUCCGACAUGAAACCGACAACUUAGUGACACACAAAGAGCAGCAUCUAAAUCAGCUGAGUUACAAGCUGAGCAUGGAAAAGGAAAUAAACAAGAGGCUACGGGAAGAGUAUGCAGCUGUGCGUUCAGAGAAGCAAGAGGUGAUGAUGUCCCUGCAGCACACUCAGCAACUCUUUUUGAACCAGACAUUGGCUGUGAACAGACAAGAGCUGCAGCUGCAGACACAAGAGGAGCAGUACAAGGCCCUCAAACUGGAUCAUGCAGAGAUGCAAGAGAGAAGCAAGAUAAUGGAAGAAAAAGUUGCUCAAUUGAUGAGUGAACAGCAACAUUUUCAAGCACUGAAAGAGGUGCAUGAUGACCUCCAACAGAAAUACAAUCAACUGUCUACACAGGUCAAAGUGCAGAAAACAAGGAAUUUGGAGAUGUUCCCCAGUCUAGCAGAGGGACCCGGAGGGAGACCUUCUGAUGAACCCAAGUCCAGCUUCACACUGUCUGUCUUUGGCAGCCUUCAGAACACAGCCGUUUCUCAGAGCAAAAUCCUGGACUGUCUGGAAGAUACGAGUGCUAAGACUAAACUGGAUGGUGAAAUGGGAGGACAAGGAACACCAAUGCUCCCCGGGCAGUCUGAAACUCAGCUACAAGUUCAACUUGAGGAGCCCUUUUCAAUUAGUUCACCCAAAACGCUUCUGGUGCUCUCACAGACAAUGGACAGUGAUGAUACCCUUUUGAAUAAACCCACGCGCAGCUCUAACACAAAUGAAAAGCUCUCUAAUGAAGGGUCAGAUCAGGCUUCUCAUCAGUCUGCAAAUGAGUUGGCUGUCAGUGAAAGCUUCGUGAAUGGAAUAAACAUAUCAAACUCAGACAACAAAUCAAGCAAUUACAUACUGACCAACGACAGAAAGAGAGAUCAUGGGAGCACAAGCCCAAGUCGAGAAGACUGUUGUGGGAUGGACAAAGUGACGGAGGCAAGGAACAAUAGUGAUGGAGGGCACACGAAUGAAAGUCAUCUGGGGAUUGCUCACGAUGUCCUGGAAGAGAGAUGUUCUGGAGAGGAGAAAGAGAUUCUUAUUUCCCAAACAGCAGAUCGUGGACACAUUCAAGAAUACGGUGAAGCGGGUGCACACAAGUCCAAAACAGAAACAACAGCAGAGUUCAGGGAUGGAGAGAAAGACAAAGGAAAAACCGAAACAGAGCAGGAGGUCAGGAUGACUUGUCAUAUAAAGAGCAAUAUCCCACCGGACACUGACUUAGUGGACCUCAGUGAGAAAAUAGGCACCGUCUGCGUGACAGACUGCGAUCAAAAGGACACAAAGAAGGUUGCAGACCGCAGUCCUGUUAACAUGAGAGAAGGGCAGCUACUUCACAACAUCAGCGGUCCUCCAGACCAAAGUUUCAAUUACAACGCUAUUGCGCAAGUGGCUCAACACUCAUGUCAGGUUGAGGUCCAAACCAAUUCAGAGACAGUCAAGUCCUCACCAACAGCAACUUAUCCAGUGGUUGAGAAUACCACAGAAGUGACGAAAUUAGAUAAAUCAACAGAUAAUGUUCAAACUAACUUUUCUGACCUUCUGAGUCAGUCAGUGAAAAAUCAGACAAUGACACAAUCUGUUAAUAUCACCAGCAAUGUUACUCCCACGGAUGAAAUGAAGGGUGAAGAUACAAAUGAGGAGGUCAAGAAAACCAUUGUUGACACCAAGGUUGGAUGUCUUAAUAUGAAUACAUCUGAGCCUGCGAAUGGACCAUUGGAGGUUUUUGAAAGUGAUGCAUCCAAGGAAGUCUGUGGGAUGACCUCUCAGGCAGAACCUGUCAUUUGUUAUGGGGAUUUGAAUAUUUCCAUUUCCAACCCCGACAUUGCAGAGGAUUCAAAGAGCUCUAAAAGUGUCUUGUUAGUCUCUGAUCAACCAAAAAGUGGUAAUGUUGAAUCACCUGAGUUUGACACAUCGAAAUGCCAAAAGCAGCCUGUUGUAAAAGAAACGCUUGCUGUUAUGAAGCAGUCUUCUUUGCCCAUUUUGAAGACUUAUAGGCCAUCAUUUGACUGGGGUGGUGCACUGAAACAGACGGUUCUAUCGGCGACUCCCUCUGACUCCAACCUGCAGCCAAAUAUUCAGAGCUCCCCUGUAUCCGAACAAAGUGCUUUUUCUUGUGGGCUCCUCACACAGUCUCCCUGCACGUUUAAGAGCCAGCACAGUAAAGAACCAUUGGUGAUUAUCAGCGCCUCCGAUCUGUUGAAGGCCUCCAGCAUCUCUGCAUCUGCAGGAUUCGGGAGGAAACAUAAGUUGGGAGAGCGGAACGUUUUUGGAGAGAGCGUGAGAGAAACAGUAGCGACAGAUGAAAGCAGAGUUCCACUGUCUGCCCCUUCUUGUCCGUUCUCAUACUCGUCCAGCACAUUGCCGAGUCCUUCUGGCAGAACUUCAUUGUCCGCUGCAGCUCCAAGAUCCGAUUCCGAAUCGGAAACUCUGUGCUCUCAAGAAGAGCAACAGUCAUCAUUCAGAAACCAGAUAUCCAAAAUUGAACAGUUCUUAAAAUCCGAGAGGCUCCACCUGUCCAAGCGACGACGUACAGACAGCUAAACCAACAUUAAAUGUUAGUACUGCAGAGUUCAAUAUUUUGAAUGUAGUCCUUUCACUUCUGAAUAAAACAUUUGGUGAAUUAUAAAUUAAUAUUAACUCAUAGUAUUUAUUCUCACUGAUAGUAUUUCAAGUUCAAUGUUCCUGCUUUUGCUAUUUUUUUUGUCUGGUCCACGUUUAUAUUGUUGUUUCACAGCUGGCAAGGGAAGAAUAUCACAUCCAUUCUUGUCAAAAUAUUUUUUUUGUUGUUUGUUUAUUUGUUUGUUUUAGUGAACGAAAUAACAUAUUGUAAGGACUUGUGGUUUUUUUUUGUUUUGUUUUUUACAGUCUAUAUCUGUAAUGUUUUUCU